AUGGUCCACAGGUGGAUCAAGUGCAGGGUCUGCACUGUAGCUCAUGACAUUGAGAUUCAACAGUUUAGCAAACAUGUGCGUCAAAAAAAACACCUAAAGCGAGUUGCUGAGUUCGAGAGCACCAAACCAUCAGCCUACGUGCAACAAGAAAUUCAGUUUGCAGAGCGAUGCCAAAUCGCACAAACAACGGAUAUGGAGACGGAUACCGGUCCCAGCCCAACCCAGCAUUCCGCGGGAGAUAGCAACGACAACGGGAUGGAAUUUUUCUCUCACAAUGAUGAGUGGAGUUCAAUCGAAAUCGAUGAUGCAUCAAAUGCGCCGCCGCAGCUCACUUCGGAAGAUUGGAUGACACAAAUAUUGUCAAAGUGUCCCAACCCAAAGGGCGACCUGUCAGGUUACUUCUCGACCGAGGAAGAAACGACUCCGAUCGAUGGUCUCACGAGAACACCCAUGAAUGCGCAAUACUUUCACUGCAAUUUGGAGUUUGGAUGGGGACCCAGGUUGCUUACUGCUUGGGCAGCGCAGCGGAACACUUCGCUAGACAUCCUACAACGCAUGGGUGCAACCAAUCCCCUAUUCUGCAUUCUUCUUGCAUAUCUUACAAACCGCCUCACCAAUAUUGAGCAGCGUGUUCUUGUUGCGCUAAUGGUAUACAUGUCGGAUCCGUUGAAUCGUGGACUUCCAAUUCCAGAGAACCACGCACAACUGAGAAAUUGCUAUGGACCUGAUGGACGAGAGUCAAUUCCAAAUAUACUCCCGCGACCCAUCAUUCAAAUUCUUGAUACAGGGUUUGCCUACGUCUCGAUUCGCGACAUUCUCCAAUUCCAUCUAGCCAACGGCCAGACUUUGGAUCCUUUGGUCGAUGCACCAUACUCCCCCCAGUCCAAGAAUGUUCAAUCACUCCACGGAUCUUCUCAGAGAGGAAAGGAUCUUGUCGCGUUUUCAAACGAGCAAAGCAAUGCCCAGCCGACCGAGUUUAUAUCUGAAGUUGUGAUUUGGUCUGAUGCUUUUGAUACCAACAAUACCAAAAAUAAUCGAGGCUCCGUACAUGUUGUACUUGUAUCCGUCGGUACCCCUGGAGAUGAUUAUCAUUCUGGUCGCAAUACUUACCCGGUCUCCCUUGGUCCGUCCAAUGGUGACAUGACCACUGCCAUGGAAAAGCUCGUUAGGGAAUUGACAGAGUUAUUCAAGGGCCAGAAAAACAAAUUCUUUCAUGCCGCAUCACAGAAGGAACUGGCGGUUUCCCUGCGUGUGUACUGCUUUCUCCAAGAUCGACCAGAACGAUGUUCUUGGCUCGGUCUCGCAUAUGGUAAUGGAAGAUACGGGGCAAGAUUCGGUUGGGCAGGAGACCUGUCACAAAGCUGUGCGUACAAACGUUUGCCUUCCUGUUCUGACUGCAAUGCUCUGCGUUUAUGCAGUCCAGACGUUAGGCAUUUUCAAUGUACAAGAUGUAGUGAUUGGCGCAUGGACCUGUUGUCUUAUCAAAUUCCAAAGGACUACCCAACAAUCUUCAUGAACAAUAACUCUGAUGGUACGGACCCAACAGCGCAAAAUUUGCCCGACAGUGCUCCAACUGAUGCGAGAGUUAAUGGUAACUGUUUACGGUUCCGCCCAAUAACCUUUCCAAUUUUGAAGUCGGCCUCUGAUUCUACAUUUGACAUGGUUCGACUCCGCUACUGGACAAAGAAACAGGGUAUUGCGUACCUUGAAACAUUUGGACUUUCUCAGGUCUACAUUGCCGACCUUUGCAAUGCGGCGGACAAUCCAGAUGAACAGCAACCUCCACAUCCAACUACAUGGAACGUACCAGGUGUUGACAUCCGACAUCAUAUUGACGCACUGAUGCAUUUGUGCUUUCUAGGAAUCACAAAAGCAAUCUCCACAGAUCUGAUUAGUGGUUGGUUAAAGGCUCAGCGGAAAUCAAGUUCUUUCUACAAUCUUAGCCAUCCAGUCCUUGACCAAAUCAAACGCCAAAGUCUAUCUUGGUGCAAGGUCGAAACAAAAUUUGGCGGAUACGUAUCUGAGAAUUGGAUUGCGUACUGUCUUGUCUACAAAUAUGUUCACCAGCUGCUUUCAAAACUUACUGAAGAUGACGAUGUGUAUAUUGAUCCGCCCGGAGUGCCACUAUCGCAAUACAAUUUGAAACAGAGGAGGGCGUGGCUUUGCGCAAGGAAGGUAGAAGAUAUUUCUAACAAGUCCCUCAAGAAGGCUGUUGACAAAAAAUUCCUCGAAUUUAUUUCGCUGCCUCCAGAGGAAUGCCCGCCAAUCAUCCAACCAGUUGCGUCCAAGGCCACACUUGAACAAGCUAGCCACAUGAUUAUUUGUUGGCAGGUAUGCAUGUCCCGAAUCAUGUCUCUGGAUCAGAAUCCCUCCGGUGCACAACUUUUGGACAUUGAAAGGCACAUUAAAGUCUUUCUGACUUCAGUUGAUGUAUUCGAUCUCACGAGACGAGAUCAAGCCACCAAGAAGGACAUGAAAGUUCCCGUAUGGCGUCGGAAACAAAACUUCCUGGGCCUUCUCAAUUUUCGUGACACAAUUCGAGAGAUGGGACCGCUGUGCCCGCUAAGCGAGUUGGAUUUAAAAGGUGAAGCCUCCAUCAAGCAUCUCAAAAACAAAAUCAAUCACGGUCUAAAUGGUAACUGGGCAUAUAAUGCCAUGAAAAAGUACUUUGUUGAAAAAUCUUACAAGUUCGCCCUCGGGGCUUGUGUGAGAGAUGUAACUAAUGGACUUGCCGGCGGCGAACCUGGAUCCUGCCAGGCAAUGAUGGAGGUAGCAACAGAGAUUGCAAACCAAGCAUCGGCGCCCAGCACCGACUCUGAUACGAAUGAUGACGACGCUUUCAUACAAGUACGAUCUCAAGCAAAUUACAAGUCCCACAAAGAUGAAGCAACCGCAAUGAGGAGACUUGAAGAAUCCGAAUUCAUGUCUGGUCUAGUCGUUGACGAUCAUCUUUAUUUGGUUAUUAAGACAGGGGGUAUGAAUACUUAUUUGGAGAUACGGCCAGUCGAGUUUCAUUUGGAGGUCUGCGGAGCACAGUACUUUUCUUACACGACCGUGGCAUCCAGUGGUUUGGAAUCGUCUCGAUUCAAAUCAUGCUCAGAGCACUUUUUGCUCCUUCCAUUGCUGAAUAAUGACGGAAGCGUUCCCAAAGGUAAAGGGAGGGAUGGUGAACGCAAUUUCUUCUAUGUGAUAACGUCCGGGUGGCGAGAGAUUUCAAGAUCUGAUAGAGCCGGAUUUGUGCUGCGAUUACCAACUAUUCCGGGAGCAACCUACUAA